AUGUCGUCGCGCAGUGAAGACGAUCUCAUGCACACUUUCAAUGGCAUCACUUUCACCAUCAGGACUUCACCCGAGCUCUUGAAAUCCCUGGACACAUUUGACGCUAGAGAAGAUGACAUCCUUUUGGUUUCGUACCCAAAGUCUGGUAAAGUCUCGCUUGAUUUGGAAUGGGGAAAGAAUCCUAAUCUACGCCUUAUUAUUCCAGGCUUAGUUAACUAGAAUAAAAAAUUCUGUGUGAGCGAGAGAGAGAGAGAAGCGGAGAAGAGAGAAAGUGGGAUUGAGAUCCAUCUUAAGGGUGUACCCCAUAAACUGCUUGCUCUUCUGCCACUGCCCCCCAUGAAAGCUUGACUCAGAGAAGCGAUACCAAAACUAAACCAGAAAGAGCUGCGGUGGUCUCAUUUGUUUGUUUAUUUAUUUAAAGCAUUUACAUGACGCUCUUUUGCCAAAAAGCCUUCCCAGUGCAGCUUUCAAAAAUCAGUAGCGAGAUAGUCCCUACGCCUCAAGCUUACAAUUUAAAAUACACGGCACAAGAGGAAAAAGAGAUGGGGAGGGAGGAGGAAAAAUGCAGAUUGUUACACCUGUUCUUAAGGUAACAGUUCUUAUAAUAUAGUCCCGUAUAGUUCCGUCUACAGGAAUACUGGCUGUCUUUGAGAGUAGCCUCCUAUGUCCCAAUCAGAUCUGGUUUUUGACGACUCAUGGUGGGAUCACGAGACCAUUAGGGCUGGUAGUUAAUGUGCAAAAUAUCCUUUGUAUUGAAUCUGUAUUUGUUGUGAAUCCUCUAGGAAAGGUUUUUUUUUUUAAAAAAACUUGACUUUACUCCCCCACCCCAACCCCUGGUAUGACUGGAUUAGUCAGCUGGAAGACUUAAUUGCUGAGUAAGUGUGCAAUUAAUCAACUCAAACAUUAAUGGGCAGCUUUAAGGACUCAUGAGUUAAUCAUGCAAGUCAUUGGCCUCACUGUCAAUUGUCGGAUGCGAUUAACAAACUUUGUUCAUAGAGUCAAUCAAUGACUCCAUGAUGACAACACUCUACUUCCACUGGGUCAGAGACACAAUGCUUUUCCAGUUUCUGAGCAUUGCUGGUACAAAGAUUGCUGUUGCGCUCAGGAUUUGCUAUUAUUAUUAUUAUUAUUAUUAUUAUUAUUAUUAUUAUUAGCUUCCCAUAAGUAUCUCACUGGCCACUGUGAGAACAGGAUGCUAGGUAAGAUGGGCUAAAAGAGUGUUCCCCAAACUUGGGUCUCCAGUUGUAUUUGGACUACAGUUCCCACCAUCCCUGACCACUGGUCCUGCUAGCUAUGGAUGAUGGGAAUUGUGGUCCAAAAACAGCCGGAGACCCAAGUCUGGGAAACACUGGGCAAAAGCAUACCAUGUUAAAGGCCAGGUAGAAUAAUUGAUGGCAGUAUAUAUGUUCAUUCUUCUUUUAGCCCUGAAGUAGUCUGGUGCGGGAACAGCCUUUAAAAAAAGAUUCAGCAAAGCAGGUUUCCAUGAGUACACCAACCAUGAGGUGCAGUGAGGCCUCAGGGCGGCAGGUUCCUGCUCACUAAUGAGGCAAAGUGCGCUGCCUCUGCUGCCCGAGCUUGUGGGAUUUCAGCGAGAUCUUGCGUGAGAUCUUGUGAGAUUUCCUACGAUAUCCUGCCAGAAGAUAACCUUGGGUUAGCAAAUAUUAGAAACUAAUAAACAGUAGUAUUUAGAUAAUGUUUGGGAUGCGGGUGGCACUGUGGUCUAAACCACAGAGCCUAGGGCUUGCUGAUCAGAAGGUCGGAGGUUCAAAUCCCCGCCAUGGGGUGAGCUCCAGUUGCUCGGUCCCUGCUCCUGCCAACCUAGCAGUUCGAAAGCACGUCAAAGUGCAAGUAGAUAAAUAGGUACCGCUCCGGCAGGAAGGUAAACGGUGUUUCCGUGCGCUGCUCUGGUUCGCCAGAAGCGGCUUAGUCAUGCUGGCCACAUGACCCGGAAGCUCCCUUGGCCAAUAAAGCGAGAUGAGCGCCGCAACCCCAGAGUUGUCUGCAACUGGACCUAACGGUCAGGGGUCCUUUUACUUUUACCUUGGGAUACGAAGGGAAAAUGCAGAACUGUCUGCAGAUCUGUGCCAGACAAUAAAUUAGCCACCAUGCCACACAGAUAACAGAGGCACGGCUGUGGAGUCGCUGUGAGGCUUAAAAAUGGCAAAUUGAUGUGGAGAACUGAACUCAAAAGAGUGGAAAAAUGAGAAACGGAUAGAAACUGAAACUGACAGAUCUACCUCUCCCUAGUUGGUACUGAGCUAUUGCAAGUGACUUGCAAGGUUUCUUUUGUACAGUAAUUUUGAGGAGCACCCUCACGUCCACUGCGGUUUGAGGAAUGUUCUCCUCCUGCCCCAAGGGGGGGUGUGCGUUUAGGAACCAUAUCCCUUCCCAGUUAGGACAGGAUGAGCUCCCACUAUCAGUAAACGUACAGGGAGCCCUUUAAAAACCAAAGAGCCUGCAAAACCUUGCUUCUUUCUCUUGUGGAGCAAAUUCCAGCAUUCAGAAUUUCCCCCCUUCUCUUCUUCAGAAAUGAAAUCAACCAGAUCCAAAGUUGCUAGUCAAACAAACCCAUCCUUUUACUUCGGGUUUCAUCAGCUUCAUUGCUCUUUAGAGAGGAGCAUCUUCAAAAUAAACCCACUAAGGUUCCUUGUCCUCAAUCUGCCUCAAUCUGGAGGCAAUUAUUUCUUAUCCUUGGCAAUUAGACCGUUUAUGGUCCUCCUGUGUACAUAACCUUCAUCACCCAGUUUAUCAAGCCAUAUAUAUUCAACACUUUGCCGGUACAGAGGUACCUUGGGUUACAUACGCUUCAGGUUACAGACUCCACUAACCCAGAAAUAUUACCUCAGGUUAAGAACUUUGCUUCAGGAUGAGAACAGAAAUUGUGCUCUGGUGGCGCAGCGGCAGUGGGAGGCCCCAUUAGCUAAAGUGGUGCUUCAGGUUAAGAACAGUUUCAGGUUAAGAACGGAGCUCCGGAAUGAAUUACUGUAUUUUUCGCUCUAUAAGACGCACCAGACCACAAGACGCACCUAGUUUUUGGAGGAGGAAAACAGGUAAAAAAAUAUUCUGAAUCUCAGAAGCCAGAACAGCAAGAGGGAUCGCUGCGCAGUGUAAGCAGCAACCCCUCUUGCUGUUCUGGCUUCUGGGAUAGCUGCGCAGCCUGCAUUCGCUCCAUAAGACGCACACACACAUUUCCCCUUACUUUUUAGGAGGGAAAAAGUGGGUCUUAUAGAGCAAAGAAUACGGUAGGUUCUUAACCCGAGGUACCACUGUAUUGUUCAUGCUUUUUUCCCUUUCUUUUCUCCUCUCCCGCAGGCACUCACUGGCUUGCCGAAAUCCUCAUGCACCUCUACGCACCCAGAGUGUCUUUAACACCCCCAAUUGAAUUUGGAGAUCUUUCCAAACUGGAUCAACUGGACCGUCUUUCAGGCAAGAGAAUCAUUCCAACCCAUUUGGACGGCAACAUGCUGCCACCUGAUUUUACACUCAAGCAAUGCAAGGUGAGAUAUGGGCAGGGUAUUAUUUCAGGCACUGGGGAGGAAAUAAAUAAAUAAAAAGGUUCCCGAAUGAGCCGCCCAGUGAAAUCUGGUAGGCAGCCCUGGUUUUGCAGCUAGGUACGCAUCUUGAUCUCAAAAUGAUAUUUUUACAAGCCUCCCCAAACUCUGCUGAGCAGUGCAUGAGAUUCCUCGGGUCUUGGCCCUCAACCAGGAUCUGCGUCUUCGUCUUCAAGGGAGAAAUAAGGCGCAGCAGAGUCUGCAUUAUUGUUGAAAUAUAAUAAUAAUAAUAAUAAUAAUAAUAAUAAUAAUAAUAAUAAUUUUUAUUUAUACCCCGCCCUCCCUGGCUAACACCAAUAAAAUCACAGUAAAAACAUAAUAGGAGGAAAGUGGGGGGAACCAAUUUAAAAUACAGGUUAAAAUGCAAUUUAAAAUGCAGCCUCAUUUUAAAGUAGCCGAUAAAUCAAGACCAUAAGGGGAGGAAAACAUAAGGGUCAGACCAAGUCCAAGCCAAAGGCCAAGCGGAACAGCUCUGUCUUGCAGGCCCUGCGGAAAGAUGUCAAGUCCCGCAGAGCCCUAGUCUCUCGUGACAGAGCGUUCCACCACGUCGGGGCCAGUGCUGAAAAGGCCCUGGCCCUAGUUGAAACCAACCUAACCUCCUUGAGGCUUGAGACCUCCAAAGUGUUAUUUGUGGACCUUAAGGUCCUCCACGGGGCAUACCAGGAGAGGUGGUCCCGUAGGUACGUGGGUCUUAGAAAUUUAUUAAAACCUAUUUAAAACCGCAUUUAUUAAAACCUAUUUACAACUUGAAUGCAGAUGAAGGGAGUGCAGAGCUUACAGCAGGAGCAGUUUGUCCUUCCUCGCUCCCUGGCGUUGCAUUCAGAGCCAUCCCACAAGCUGCCUCUGCUUCUCGCCUACACAGCACCCCAUUGAAUUCUGCCCCAUUCCUUCCCAGCAAACCUUGAGCUUUCAAAAAGGACAACUUUUCCUGUGACAUCAUGCCCCUGUCACCUUGGCCACCUGCCAAUUCUCCUGUUUCUUUACACCUCUGGGGGUGGGGGUGAGACAGUUCUUUUGCAUUGCCAGUGGUCCUUAAUGGCUCAAUACAGUUGUACCUUGGAAGUCAAACGGAAUCCGUUCCAGAAGUCCGUUCAACUUCCAAAACAUUCGAAAACCAACUCACGGCUUCCAUUUGGCUGCGGGAAGCUCCUGCAGCCAAUCAGAAGCUGCGGAAGCCCCAUCAGAUGUACGGGUUCCAAAAGAACGUUCACAAACCAGAACAAUCAUUUCUGGGUUUGCGGCAUUCGGGAGCCAAAACAUUUGACUCACAAGGUGUUCAACUUCCGAGGUACCACUGUACUUUGUUCCUCAUUGUUCCUUAACAGACUCUGGAACCCUAGCUGUAACAAUAUGUUAAUGGAAAACCGUGGGUGGUAUUCAAGCUAAGUUUUACUCAGGGUAAAAGGUAAAGGGACCCCUGACCAUUAGGUCCAGUCGUGGCCAACUCUAGGGUUGCGACGCUCAUCUCGCUUUAUUGGCCGAGGGAGCCGGCGUACAGCUUCCGGGUCAUGUGCCCAGCAUGACUAAGCUGCUUCUGGCAAACCAGAGCAGCAUACGGAAACGCUGUUUACCUUCCUGCCACAGUGGUACCUAUUUAUCUACUUGCACUUUGACGUGCUUUCGAACUGCUAGGUUGGCAGAAGCAGGGACCGAUCAAUGGGAGCUCACCCCGUCGUGGGGAUUCGAACCACCGACCUUCUGAUCGCCAAGUCCUAGCUAGGCUCUGUGGUUUAACACACAGCGCCACCCGUGUCCCUUUUUUACUCAGGGUAGACCCACUGAAAUGAAUGAUCAGGGGGCUGGGGGCUGGACUAGAUGUUUCUCAUGAUCCCUUCCAACUCUACAAUUCAAUGAAUCGAUGAUUCUAUGAUCAGGACUAAGGGCUCAGCCAUACUUCAUUUUGUGCCCUGAUUUGUAGGUGCACGCCUGUGCUUUCCAGGGUCUGAGUCAGGUCACUCUGCUUUCCCUGGGGAAAACCUGCCAUUUACUGCUGAAUUGGAACAAACAUAAACCUGCAAAAAACCCUGAUUGACGUUUAUUCCAAUUCAGUGGUAAACAGUAGGAUUUCUUGGUGGGACGAAAACCCCCAAACGCUUGGACCUGUCGCUGAGAAGCAUGUGCCUGCACGCACAACUUGUGGCACAAGUCUGGAUGAGCCCUUAGCUAUGAUCAAUCAUUUCAACAGGUUUGCUUUGAAUGAAACUUAUCUCUGCUGUGAUUUGGGGGGAAGACAGUAGCCCAGCAGUAGAAUUCACACUUUGCCUUGCAGGAAGUCCCAAGAUCAAUUCCUGGCAGCUCCAAGUCUCCAAAACUCACCACUAGUCAGUAUAGUCUUCAGCACUGAUUGGGGAUGAUGGGACUUGUAGUCCAACCACACAAGGUUGUGUGUGUGUGUGUGUGUGUGUGUGUGUGUGUGUGUAGAGAUCAUAUUGAGCACUAGCUGGUGGCUGGUGCACCUUGAGACCGAUAUGGCGGAUGCUAGGCAGGGGUCUGCAAGGUUUACCUCACCUGGGCCGGUUCACUCCAGCGGAGAUCUCUCUAUGGGCUGGAUCACAUGCACCCCCACGAUUUCUGGAGUCUACAACUGCGCAAAUGCGAUUUCCAGCAUCUGCGCAUGCACAGACAUGAUUUCCGGUGCCAUGGAAGCGAGUCCUCGCACCUCGCUUAGGUGUGCUGGUUUAGCGCAGCGUGCAGGGACUCAUCGAACGGGUGGCUCGGUUCGGGGGCUGCUCGUGGGCUGGUUAAACGACCCCUGGGGGCCAUUUGUGGGCCAUGGGCCUUAGGUUGCCUACCCCUGUGCUAGGGAGACCAGAAAUUGGUGGCUCCAUAGUCAAUGUUAGGCAGAUCUACUCCCUGACUGGUUGUAAGAAGGCAGGCAGGUGGGGCAUUGAGGGUGGUGGGGGCGAAGCCCCAUUCACUCUAACUGAGCAGCUUCCCAUUGGCCUUCCCAUUGGUAAUAGAGCACCUUUCAAUGUCACUGCCUUAUUAACGUGUUGUCUUCAUUUGCAGGCUAUCUACAUCAUCAGAAACCCAAAAGACAUUGCGGUUUCCAUGUAUCAUUAUUACAGAGACAAUCCAAACCUCCCCACCGUUGAUUCCUGGCCUGUUUUCCUGGAGAUGUUCUUAAGAGGAGACGGUAAGAAGACUGAAUAGCACCUUUCCUCUCUCUCACCUUGCAAACUCUAGUGCGUAGUGACAACCCCCAAGUGAAAAUAAUACGAAUUUCCCCUCCUUGGUGGCUGGCUGUAUUGCUGCAAAUGAGAGAGGAAGUUAAACGCUUCUGAAGACCGGUUGUUGGAAACCUCUGGAGGAGUGAGUGCUCUUGUGCUCAGAUCCUGCUAACUGGUUUCCCACGGGCAUCUGGUUGGCCAAGGUGAGAACAGGAUGCUAGACCAGGUGGGCCAUUGGCCUGAUCCAGUAGGGGUUCCUUAUGCUCCUGGUUUCCCAAGAGAUCAUCAGCUGGAUUAUUGGCUUCAGUUUCCUGCUUGCUCCCCAGAAGCUCCAAGUCCUUAGAGGGUUUUUGGACUUGUAUAUGUAGAAACCCCCUACCUUUUGUUUAGUCGUGUCCUACUCUUUGUGACCCCAUGGACCAGAGCACGCCAGGCACUCCUGUCUUCCACUGUCUAUCGCAGUUUGGUCAAACUCAUGCUGGUCUCUUCGAGAACACUGUCCAGCCAUCUCGUCCUCUGUCGUCCCCUUCUCCUUGUGCCCUCCAUCUUUCCCAACAUCAGGGUGUUUUCCAUGGAGUCUUCUCUUCUCAUGAGGUGACCAAAGUAUUGGAGCCUCAGCUUAAGGAUCUGUCCUUCCAGUGAGCACUCAGGGCUGAUUUCCUUCAUAAUGGAGAGGUUUGAUCUUCUUGCAGUCCAUGGGACUCUCAAGAGUCUCCUCCGGCACCAUAAUUCAAAAGCAUCAGUUCUUCAGCUAUCGGCCUUCUUUAUGGUCCAGCUCUCACUUCCAUCCCCCUACCUUAGGUUGGUUAUUUUGGAAUGUCAGAUCCAAGUUCUGAAGACCACAAGGCAGACACUCUGAUUGCAGCUGCAUUAACCCUCGGCUGAGGUCAAGGGCAUGAGGCCCUGGUUCCUGUUAUCAAAACAUUGGUCACAUCAUUUUACUGCAUGGCUGUAAAAAGAAAAAGAAAAAAAAGCUCCCACAAAGCUGGAGAUCCAAAGAUCAACCGAGCAACAAAUUGAAUUGGUGUCAUUAACAAAGGAACGCAAAUUGACGCUGUGAUUUGUAGGAUAAGGAUCAAAAUAGUAAUUUGAAGUGUGACUUGAGAGGCCUUCCUUUCUUCCUUUUUGUACCAUCGUGGACUUGAUUUGACUUAAAUGCAAUAAAUGGACUUAGCUGGAUAAGACAACCGGUCCAUUUAAGGCAGAGUUGGGGAAUGUUUAUUUUUAUUUAUUAAAUUCCUAUGCUGCCCUUCACCCGAAGAUCACAGGGUGGUUUGCUAUAUAAAAACACAAAAAUACAUGCCGUAAGUACAAACAGAAACAAUAGCACCCCUGCCCACAUUAUUAUUUUUAUAGAUGCUGCUGAACUCCAGUUCACAUCAGCACCAGCCAAUGGUAAGGGAUGAUGGGAGUUGUAGUCCAAUUGCAUCUGGAAGGCUGCAGGUUCCAUACUCUUGCCUGGAGGACUGGUAACUCUUCACAGCAACAGAGAAAGUGUAAAGGGCAGGGGAAUCUUUGGCCCUCUAGAUGUUGCUGUGCUAUGAUUUCAAUCUGGCCCAGACAGUAUGGAUAAUGGGAAUAAUAAUAAUAAUAAUAAUAAUAAUAAUAAUAAUUUAUUAUUUAUACCUCGCCCAUCUGGCUGGGUCUCCCCAGCCACACUGGGCGGCUUCCAAAAAAGUAUUAAAAUACAGUGGUCUGUUAAACAUUAAAAGCUUCCCUAAACAGGGAAUGUCUUCUAAAAGUCUGGUAGUUGUUGUUCUCUUUGACAUCUGAUGGGAGGGCGUUCCACAGGGUGGGUGCCACUACCAAGAAGGCCCUCUGCUUGGUUCCCUGUAACCUCACUUCUCGCAGUGAGGGAACCACCAGAAGGCCCUCAGAGCUGGACCUCAGUGUCUGGGCAGAACAAUGGGGGUGGAGACGCUCCUUCAGGUAUACUGGGCCGAGGCCAUUUAGGGCUUUAAAGGUCAGCACCAACACUUUGAAUUGUGCUUGGAGACAACAUCAUUAGUCCAACAACAUUAUAGUCCAACAACAUCUGGAAGGUGACAUGUUCCUCACUCUUGUCCUAGACUAUAGGACAAGACUUUUUAUUUUUAUCUGUCUCUCCUCUCUGGUAGAAGAAGAAGAGUUUGGAUUUGAUAUUCUGCUUUAUCACUACCCUAAGGAGUCUCAAAGCGGCUAACAUUCUCCUUUUCCCUUCCUCCCCCACAACAAACACUCUGUGAGGUGAGUGGGGGUGAGAGUCUUCAGAGAAGUGUGACAUACCCAAGGUCACCCAGCAGCUGCAUGUGGAGGAGCGGAGACGCGAACCCAGUUCCCCAGAUUACGAGACUACUGCUCUUAACCACUACACCACACUGGUGGAUUGAGUGGGCAAGACCAAUAGAGAACCCAAUCGUCAAGAAGGCAGUUUCUGAAUGUGCCGUAGAGGGAAGUCAAGGGCAGAUGGGGCUUAUCAACCUGGGAAGAGAAUUCAUCUAGGAGAAGGAAAUCCUGACCCCAAACAUCCACUGCCUUGUGGAAUAUCUUCGGGAGAAGAAAAGGCUAAGCAGAGUCCCUAAGAAGGUUGGAUGGCGCCUUGUACGCCUCCUUCCGGCAACUUCUGCAGCCAAGCUGGUGCCAAACGUCUUGCUCUCCUUUCCUUUGAAUCACAUCAGAAAGAUCGAGAGGGGAGUCUUGUCGUCUGGGUAUCCCAAGACUUCCAUACACACUGACAAUGCAGCAAUUUGACUACACCCUCAGAGGUUCACUCCAUUGUCUCUCGAGACAAACAGAUGCCAGCCACCUCUCUGACUGGGUACUGAAUGGGUGGCAGCCUGAAAGAAGCCAAAAUUUGACUGUGGCUAUACAUAAUCUUUAGGAGGGCCUAUCUUCUCUUGUAUGAGAAUUUCACUCCAUCCUUCUGGCUGUGCAGAGUUCAUGGAAAUUUAUGUAUUUAUUUUAUUACAUUUACACUCAGCCUUUCCUCCAAGGAGCGCUAGGUGUUGGACAUUUUUCUCCCCUGCCCCAUUUUAUGCUCACGACAGCCCUGUGAGGUAGGUUAGGCUAAGUGAGGGAUUUGAACGCUGGUCCAGCAAAUGCCUCCAAAAACAACCUCAUUUUUGCUCUCCCUUUCUAGUUGUCUGCGGAUCCUGGUUUGAUCACGUCUUAAGCUGGGAGAAACACACCGAUGACAAAAACACUUUGUUCUUGUUCUACGAAGAUAUGAAACAGGUAAGACUAAAAUCUGCUUUUUCCCCCAAGUAGGAAGAGAAAAGCAAGGCAAAUCUAAACCAAGCAAACUCCUAAAUUCCUGUGAAAGUUAAAUUUAUGAUGCUCAAGUAGCAGACAGUUAAGACGUUUAUUCUACCUUUCCUCCAAAAAAGAUCAGAGUAGCAUAUGUGAUCCUUCCUCUACUUUGACCUGAAUUGGGAGCAGGUGGUGCUGUGGUCUAAACCACUGAGCCUCUUGGGCUUGCUGAUCAGAAGGUUGGCGGUUCGAAUCCGCACAACGGGGUGAGCUCCCGUUGCUCUGUCCCAGCUCCUGCCAACCUAGCAGUUCGAAAGCAUACCAGUGCAAGUAGAUAGAUAGGUACUGCUGUGGCAGGAAGGUAAACGGUGUUUCUGUGCGCUCUGGCCUCCGCCACGGCGUCCUGUUGUGCCAGAAGCGGUUUAGUCCUGCUGGCCACAUGACCCAGAAAGCUGUCUGUGGACAAACACCAGCUCCCUUGGCCUGAAAGUGAGAUGAGCGCCGCACCCAUAGUUGCCUUUGACUGGACUUAACUGUCCAGGGGUCCUUUCCUUUAACUUUUUGUUACUUUGACCUGAACAACAACCUUGCGAGGUAUGUUAGCCCCAAAGGUUACCCAGUGAGUUUUGUGGCCGAGUAAGAAUUUGAACUCAGGUGUCCUUUAUUAAAUGCCCACAUGGCAUCCUGAGAGGGAAUAAAUGUCGAAUGUUAAGUUGUUCCCCCACUCAUAUGUCCUUGCAAGGUAAAUAAAGGUAAAGGGACCCCUGGCCAUUAAGUCCAGUCAUGACCGACUCUGGGGUUGCGGCGCUCAUCUCGCUUUACUGGCCGAGGGAGCUGGCGUACAGCUUCCGGGUCAUGUGGCCAGCAUGACUAAGCCGCUUCUGGCGAACCAGAACAGUGCACGGAAACACCGUUUACCUUCCCGCUGGAGCGGUACCUAUUUAUCUACUUGCAUUUUGACGUGCUUUCAAACUGCUAGGUUGGCAGGAGCAGGGACCGAGCAACGGGAGCUCACCCCGGCGCGUGGAUUCGAACCACCGACUGUCUGAUCGGCAAGUCCUAGGCUCUGUGGUUUAACCCACAGCGCCACCCGCAUCCCUUCCUUGCAAGGUAGCACCUGUGUUAAUGCUGCCAGCGGAGCUUGGACGAUUCAGUAUCAGAAAGAUGGGUGGGAAGCUUCUGUUCUGCUCAUCUUUAUUUAGGCAUGACAACCAAGAAUUAGCUGAGUUCAUCAGUGCUUCCUUCCUGGUAGUUCUGUAGAACAGAAGUGGGAAAUCUGUGGUCCUCUAGGUAUUAUUGGACUCUCAGCUCCCUUUAUUCCCCAGCCAGCUUGGCCAAGGCACAGGGAUGAUGGGAAUUGUAUUCUAGCAAAAUCCAGAUUACUUCCUCGGGUUCUUCCAUGAUUCAGGUGCAAAAUUGUGCCUACUUCAAAAGCCCCUCCCAAACCCACUCAUAGCCCUGCCCAGUCUUUGCCGAAAAGCACAAAAAGGCUACGAUUUGGUGUGCUCCCCAUUCACUUCAAUGGAGCAGGUGCCUGCAGGGGUCAUCCUCUGCUGCUUUCAUCUCCCAGGACCUCCCAAAGGUUGUGAAGAAGGUCAGUGCUUUCCUGGCGCUCAACACCAGCGAGAGCAGGAUCCACGAGAUCUGCAAGAAAUCCUCGUUCAGCGAGAUGAAAACCAACACGGAGAAGGAGAACGAUCCGAACCACACGGUCUGCACGCUCACGUCCAACCGGAAGCUGGUAUUCCGAAAAGGUAAGGGGAGGCGGAGGAGGGCUGAGCAAAAACUGGUCCAUUUCUGCUUCUCCCACUCUCUCGUUUCUCCAGCCUGAAGUUCAGGCCACUUCAUUGCUGCUGUGCUCGUUUGCAUUUUUAAUAAAUAAAUAAAUAAAUAAAUGUCUGCAUGGAAACCAGCCAUUUGGUGCACGUUUCUCAUAGAUAGCCAUGUUUCCAAGCAAUUUUCCUUUUGCCGUGCCCUAUGGAGCACUAGAAUAACCAACUGGUGGGAUGCUAUAGAUAAAAUCCUCUGUUUACUCCCAGGGGCUGCAUUUUCCAGGUGAAUGAGGACUCCAGCCCUCCUCCUUUAUCUCCCUUAUCUCCCUUAUCUUAAUUUCGCUGCUUCUCUCCCGCUUGCCAGCACUCGUAUAAUCCACCCAGCCAGUAUUGCAGGACAAAGUGUCUGGGUUUAUCUGAAACCAAACAGAGGCCAGACACAGUGAAGAAAACAAGGCAAUAUGCUGGGUACAUCGUGAACAGGUGAAAGGGUUGACAGGGUGGCAGCCCGAAGAAAACCUCGGCUGGAACGGGUAGAGGCGAAGCCUUUAACGUAGGACAUCCCAAGUUCAGUCCCAGGGUGAAGUUUGCUCCGGCAUCAUGGCCGGGUAGUCAGCACUGAGCACCAUGCACCAGGGAGCAAAAAAUAAAUAAAUGUUUAGAGUUGGGAAGACACCUAGCUCAACCCACUGCUCAAUGUAGGAUAGGCAAGGCAGGACGCAGCUGCAGCAAUCCAAUCAGUACAGGGAUUGGUUGGAAAGAGAGGAAUGGUGAGAGGAACCAGCCGGGGAACCCCCAAGGGGAAAAGGCUCAGAGCCAGGGGGUUGGUGGUGGGAUGACUAUGAGUGGUCAGAAGGGAGAAGACUGGGAGAAGGACGAGGCAUUGGAAGCCGAAGAGGCAACAGGGUUUAGUGAGAAGUCAGACUCUGCGACAGAGCGCAGUUUAAUUUUUUUCCAUCGCUCAUUCUCCAGGUGCCGUCGGUGACUGGAAAAACCAUUUCACUCCCAAACAGAACCGGAUGUUCGAAGAGACAUUUAACAAGAAAAUGAAAUUUAGUGAAGUGGCAAAACAUCUUGUCUAUGAGUUCUGA